AUGGCGACAGGAGUAGACGCAAGGCUCUUGAAGUCUACGAAGUUUCCGCCAGAAUUCAAUCAGAAGGUGGACAUGCAAAAGGUCAACUUGCAGGUCAUCAAGAAGUGGAUAGCCAGCAAAAUCUCCGAGAUCCUUGGAGGCGAAGAUGAUGUCGUGAUUGAGCUCUGCUUUGGGUUGAUAGAGGGUUCCCGAUUCCCGGACAUCAAAGGUCUCCAAAUCCAAUUGACGGGAUUCCUCGAAAAGGAAACCGCGCCUUUCUGCAAAGAGCUCUGGAAGCUCUUCCUUAGUGCUCAGGCCAGUCCCCAGGGUGUGCCCAAGGAGCUGCUCGAAGCCAAAAAGCUUGAACUCAUCCAGGAGAAGAUUGAAGCAGACAGAGUUGCCGAGGAGUCCCGUCGCCGUCGCGAAGAUGCAGAUCGGCGACAAUCCCAAGGAGGAGACCCAAGAGAACGCCGCGACUGGGGACGAGGGCGAGGAGAUCCCGAUCACCGGGGUGGAGCCGCGAGCAUCGAGGUCAUCGAGCUGAAAACCGAGGAUAUCAGAGAGACAGUUAUGUCCCAAAUAGCCAUCGUGGCACUGGCCUCCGAGGCGGCGCCGCAGGUCGUCGUCGCAGAAGUACGCGAUCACCGUCUGCUGAAGGUUCAUCGCCCCGAGAACGUCGCACUCCAAGUCAAGAUGGCCCAAGACACCGAGGUCAACGUUCUCCUAGUCCCGGUCCCCGGCUCAGAUCUGGUUCUCCGUCCAGACAGGCCAAGCCUCGAAAACGUUCAAGGUCUUCUACAAGACAAAGCAAGCCAAUCUUUGCUCGCGAUGAGGAAGAUUGUCGGUCACGAUCUGCUUCUAGAAGCCGUGAGUCGCCUGAGGAGCGAGGCCGUCGGUCACGCCGUUCGCACACACCCUCAUCGCCUGCAGCAUCCCGGUCUCGCAGCCGCAGCCGCAAUCCCAGACGCCCUUCAAGUCAAAGCCGUGACGGUCGUGCCCGAUCCAGAAGUUGUUCUCAUCAUCGCCGAGAUCUCUCUCCCAACAGCGGCAAGGGGCGACCAAGACACCGUCGUGAUCGAUCACGCUCUCUAUCCUCUUCCCGCUCAAGAAGUCAUUCGAGACAACGACGUCACAGACGCCGCUCUUCGUCCAGCUCUUCGUCGUCUAGACUUCGACUGCAACAGCCAGGCGCAAUAA